AUGUCGCCACACUGGUUGUUCUGGCUGGCCGCACUGUCUGCUGCCUGGGCUGUGGAGCAGAAGGAGCAAAGCAUUGAGUCCUUUGAGAACUAUUAUAAUGAGAUACAUGUGGACGAUGAGGAGGCGGAGGCCAAGACACGGAAUGCGGUGCAAUCGCCAUUGCAGCGUUGGCCCGGCAAGAAGUUAUUUUAUCGCAUUGCCAGCGAUUAUACAGCCGAGGAGGCGUCCAAUGUCCGGACCGCCCUUUCCACGUUCAAUGAGCAAACGUGCCUGGAGUUUGAGGAACUCGCGGAGGGGGGCGCCUCGGCCGGACGUCGUUAUGUCUACUAUAAGAAGGCGCCGAAUGUCUGUGGCACACGCGUCGGUUACAAUGUCCUGCAGCCCUUUGGGCCGCACGAUGUCCUGCUGAAUGAACGCUGUCUGGCCCAGCCCGGUGUCAUUCAGCACGAGACCCUGCAUGUCCUGGGCCUGUAUCAUGAGCAGAGUCGACCGGACCGCGAUGCUUACGUACAGAUCGAUUACGACAACAUACCCCGGAAGUUCUGGUCACAAUUCAUGACCCAAAAGCAGACGACCACCUAUGAUGUGCCCUACGAUUACGAGAGCAUUAUGCAUUAUUCGAAAAAUGCCUUUGCCAAGGACCCCACAAAGCCCACCAUACGCGCCUGGGUCGAUGGAGAGGCUGUCGAGCGUGAAAUGGGCCAAGUGCGUGGACCCUCUGAGGGCGAUUUGACCAAAAUACGCAUUAUGUACAAGUGUGAGGAAGUAGUCUAG